CCUCCGCUGGCCGACCGGGAAGUAGCAGAAGACUGGGCGAUGGCAGCUCUGGAGGCCUCGCUCCGGGGCAGACCCGACGCCACGGUGCCCCCGCGGUAGACCGGACCAGGGUGGCGGGCUCCGGGUCCCGAGGUGACGAGCGUCGGGGGCUGAACCGGGGCUUUAGAAGGGAACCCUGACAGCCCCUGUCGAAGCCGCUUCCUGACUCUGGGCUGGGAUGGAGGGGACUAAAACUUCCAGCAGCACCAUGCAGGUGAGCUUCGUGUGCCAGCGUUGCAGCCAGCCCCUGAAACUGGACACGAGCUUCAAGAUCCUGGAUCGUGUCACCAUCCAGGAACUCACAGCUCCAUUACUUGCCACAGCCCAGGUGAAACCAGGAGAGACCCAAGAGGAAGAGGCUAACUCAGGAGAGGAGCCAUUUCUUGAAACUCGCCAGGAUGGUGUCUCUCGCAGAUUCAUCCCCCCAGCCAGUCCAUCCAGGCCAACCUUCGUGCUGAGUGCCCCUGUGGAAGACCAGCAUGGCCUUCCCUUGGGAGAGAGGUACCCUUGGGAGGAUGAUGUCUACAGAAAGUGCCAACAGCUUCACUCUGAUCGGGGAGGCAUCUGAUGGCGGCACCAUGGAGAAUCUCAGCCGAAGACUGAAGGUCACUGGGGACCUUUUUGACAUCAUGUCAGGCCAGACCGAUGUGGAUCACCCACUGUGUGAGGAAUGCACAGACACUCUUUUAGACCAACUGGACACUCAGCUCAACGUCACUGAAAAUGAGUGUCAGAACUACAAACGCUGUUUAGAGCUCUUAGAGCAGAUGAAUGAGGACGACAGUGAACAGCUACAGAGGGAGCUAAAGGAGCUGGCAUUAGAGGAGGAGAGGCUGAUCCAGGAGCUGGAAGAUGUGGAAAAGAACCGCAAGAUAGUGGCGGAAAAUCUCGAAAAGGUCCAGGCUGAGGCUGAGAGACUGGAUCAGGAGGAAGCUCAGUAUCAGAGGGAGUACAGUGAAUUUAAGCGACAACAGCUGGAGCUGGACGAUGAGCUGAAGAGUGUGGAAAACCAGAUGCGUUAUGCCCAGAUGCAGCUGGAUAAGCUGAAGAAAACUAAUGUCUUCAAUGCGACCUUCCACAUCUGGCACAGUGGACAGUUCGGUACAAUCAAUAACUUCCGACUGGGUCGCCUGCCCAGUGUUCCCGUGGAAUGGAAUGAGAUCAAUGCUGCCUGGGGUCAGACGGUGUUGCUGCUCCACGCCCUGGCCAAUAAGAUGGGUCUGAAAUUUCAGAGGUAUCGACUUGUUCCCUAUGGAAACCAUUCAUAUCUGGAGUCUCUGACAGACAAAUCUAAGGAGCUGCCGUUAUAUUGCUCUGGGGGGUUGCGGUUUUUCUGGGACAACAAGUUUGACCAUGCCAUGGUGGCUUUCCUGGACUGUGUGCAGCAGUUCAAAGAAGAGGUAGAGAAAGGCGAGACCCGUUUUUGUCUUCCUUACAGGAUGGAUGUGGAGAAGGGCAAGAUUGAAGACACAGGAGGAAGUGGCGGCUCCUAUUCGAUCAAAACCCAGUUUAACUCUGAGGAACAGUGGACAAAAGCUCUCAAGUUCAUGCUGACGAAUCUUAAGUGGGGGCUUGCUUGGGUGUCCUCACAGUUUUAUAACAAAUGACUUUUUUUUUCCUUAGGGAAAUGUUUGCCUUAAAGGCUUUAAAUUUUGUUUUGUUUGCAAAGAGAAAAAAUGUUUUAAAUUAAAUUUGGGUACUAUUAAACAGCACAUGUUUACAAUACCAAAAAAGAAGAAAAAUCCACAAAAGCCACUUUAUUUUAGGAUAUCAUGUGACAGAUAGUUUCCAGAGCUACCAGCCUUUGUCAUAGUUUUGACUCUUAACCCCAUACCUUCCUUGCCCUCUCUCCCCUCAAAACAACUAAUUUAAAUUUGCUUUUGUUGUUGCUGUUGUUAACUGAGUUGAAUUAAGAUUGAUUGUGUUUUCAUUGGGUUUUAUCUCUCUCAACUUCCUGCACUUACAAUAUGAGCUAGAACCUUUUUUUUUUUUAAGAUUUUAUUUAGUCAUCUGACAGAGAGAGACACAGCGAGAGAGGGAACACAAGC